UACAUUAUUUCGGUGCAUUGUUGUUUACUGUUGUAACAAAAUUUCGACUUGCAAAAACUAAAUUUAAUAAUAAAAUAAAAAAAAUUAUAAUGGAUCGAAAACAUCAAUGCCCGAUAUGCGAAAAGAAAUUUUUUUAUGAAAGCCGUUUGCAAGUACACAUGCGAAUUCACACGAAUGAAAGGCCCUAUAAAUGCAAUUUGUGCCGAAAAAGCUUUUCGCAGAAAAGCAAUUUAACAUCUCAUAUGAAAGUGCACUCCGAUGAAAGACCAUUCAAGUGCAAUAGCUGUGAACAUAGCUAUAAACGGAAAAACGAGUUAGAACAACACAUGUACAGAAUGCAUCCUGAUGAGAUUUUAUCUAAAAUUCCAUCAAACGACCCGAGGAUAAUAAGCCGUAAAUGUAACUUCUGCUUAAAAGUUUGUCAGUCUCCCGCUGCUUUAAGAAUUCACUUGACAACUCACACUGGAGAGCGGCCAUUUUCGUGUAAUUUUUGCAACUGCACUUUCACUCAGAAAAGUGCUUUAAACAGACACAUCAGAAGAAUCCAUCCGAGAGAAAAAACUCCAUCUUGCUCCGAACAAUCUCAACAACAGGACAAAGAACAGAAAUUUUUAAAGGCCUCUUCUAAUAAAACAUCGUCUGCACUAAUAAGUACAAAUAACGAAAACAAGGAUGAUGAACAAUGUAAAGCAGACCACAAAGACGAUAUUCCUAGAUUGUCGGUAAUAGUAUUUCAAUGUCAUUUAUGUUCCUUCAGCACUCGGUCGAAUGAGAAAUGGUUAGAACAUAAGCAGUGCCACAUUGAAGACAUUCCUUCCACGUCCACGUUGGUUCGUAAAUUAAGCACUACUCGAUAUUGUUCUGAUGUUGGUUCGAUGAAAGCUCACUUCCACAAUCAAGACAGACCUGUGAAUUGGCUCUACUGCGGUUCGUCCGGUCUCAGCCCUUACCCGUCCCAGAGAUAUCCCGCAGAGAAGUAUACUCGCUCUUUCUGUCUAUACCCCGACCGAAAACAUCAAUGCCCGACAUGUGGCAAGAAAUGUCUUCAUAAACAGCAUUUGGAAAAGCACAUUCGAACUCAUACGGGCGAAAAGCCGUUUAAAUGCGAUUUGUGCGAAAAAACCUUUUCGGAUAAGAGCAAUUUGAUACAUCAUACGAAAGUGCACUCCGAUGAAAGCCGUUCAAGUGCGAGUACAAGGGCUGUGAAGAGCGUUUUAAACGGAAAUAUGAAAUAAAACAACACAUGUACUGUACAUAUGGCAUUCCGAUGAGAUUUUAUCUAAAAUUUCACCAAACGACCCAAAGAUAAUAAGCCGUAAAUGUAACAUAUGUACAAAAGUUUUUCCAUCUCCCGCUGCUUUAAAGAUUUACAUGAGAACUCACACUAAAAAGCGUUUAUUUUCGUGUAACGGCAGUUUCACUACCAAAUAUAAUUUAACACACACAUCAGAAGGAUCCAUUCGAAAGAGAAAACUCCAUCUUUCUCCAAAAUUGUGAAGAAUUCCUUGAAACUAUUAACGCCAACAUAGGAAUUAUCCAACAGGAAGAUUCCUCACAAGUGACAUUUUUCCCAGAAAUGGACGUGAAAGAAAUUAAAUUGGAAUGUCCGUUCUGUGGUGAACAAUUUUUCGACGACGUUUCGCUUAAAGAACGCGAAAGAAACUCCCAUCCGUUUGAUUAAUUAAUUCCGGACAACUAAUUUUCGAAAUUUAUUAAAUUAAUAAGAUAUCGGAUUAUUAAUAUUUUGAUAUCUAAUAACGGAGGAAAAAGUGAAUUAUCAGGACAAGAAGCUCAGUUACAGUUUGCGAUAUAUGUGAAAUCAUCUUAGAAAGUAUACAUCUAAUUUAAUUUAU